CGCACACACAGCAAAAGGAGAAAGCGAGAGAGGAGAUCCGCAGCGGCACGAUGGGGAUACUCUGUCUGCGUGGGCUCUGACGCUGAGACACCCGGAGUUCAGCCACGCUGCGUGUGUGUGUGUGUGUGUGUGUGUGCGUGUGUGUGAUGGGUGUAUGUGCAUGUGUGAGUGAGUGAGAGCCUGUGCUGACGCCGUGCAGAGGACGAGAAGGGGAGCAAAGCAAAGGAGGCGAGCGGGUGGAGGGAAAGAGGAAAGAGCGGGAGAGAUGACUCUGAUAGGGGCUUAGAGGAAGCUCACGCCGAUGAGCAACAACUACUCCAACUGCUGCCGCCGCGCUGCCUGUCAUCCUAACUUCUGCCACGGUUGAGCAUCCUCUAAUCCACUAAGGAAGCAGACAUGCACGGGCACGAGCUGGGAUCUAUGCCACCGCAUCCUCCACGUCAGUAGUUCACAGUCUGAGGAAUCAUGGUGAGCAAGGAAGGUGGCAAAUGCAUGCUCACCAACUCAGAGUCUGACUCGGAGGCGGCACCUUUACCCUCCGCCUCGCUAGCACUGGAGGUAAACUAUUCCCUGGAAGCUAGUCGGCAGGUGAGGAAGCGAAACAAAGCCCUGCAAGUACGUUUCAAGGAUAUCUGUGAGGCGCAGAAUGAGCAACGGGAGGCGGAGCUGCAGGCAGCAGGAAAGGCUGGCAAGCCCAUCUCAUACAAAGUGGCAUAUCGCAAGUACAUGACCGUCCCUGCUCGCCGAUCCAUCCCAAAUGUCACAAAGAGCACGGGGGUCCAGACGUCACCUGACCUGAAGAAACACUACCAGACCUUUCCAUUUGAGCGCAAGAAAGGCCACACCUUUAAACAUGUGGCAACUGUGGAAACUUACAAAGGUCAGAAUAAUGGCUUUGUCAUGGAAGUGAAGCAGUCCAAGGAUGCGCAGGGCGGAGAGGAGGAUGAGGGAGCCUGCAGGGGGAGUGGAGUCCGGCGGAUCAGGGCUCUUCUCCAUACUAAUGAAUGCAUAGCCACAGUGGAGCAGCACACUGCACCCGAUGGCCUGUGCUCUGACACUCUGCUGCUCACUUGCUCUGCGGACACAGACUGCCUUGCAGACACAUCGAGGGAAAGCCGAGCCGGAGCACAGGCCGAGUACCAGCUCUGCAGUGUCCCGUCCAAAGCCAGGACCGGAUUACAAUACGGGGAGGUCGACACAGACCACUCGGCUAAGAGGCAGCUCCUGAAUCUGGAGGAGGGCUCGUCCCAAACCCUGCCGGACAGGGCCUCCAAGGUUACAGGCCCCAUUGCUUGGAACUCACUCACGCAGGUGGAGUGCCUGGACAGUCCGUCUGUGCGGAGCAAGCGGAAGAAAGGCCUGCAGCUGAACGGGCUGCAGAGUGACACCCUACCACGAUCCGGCGGGGGCUGCACAACGCAGGCACAGUGCCACACAGGACAGUUAUCUGCCCAGUCUCCGCGGGGCAUGGAGGAGCUUCUGUCACCCUUCAGGGGCGGCAAUGCUCAGUGGGCACCACCUGACGCGACGCAGGAAGCCUGCAAGCAAAUAGUGCCUAUGCAUCAGGAUGGGGAUGUUAAAGCACAGCUCCAGGCCAUGGAAAACUUAAUCAGCUCCAGUCAAGAGACCAUCAAGGUGUUGCUGGGAGUCAUACAGGAACUGGAAAAGGGGGAGGCGCACAGAGAAGGACUCUCCUAUCGAACCGGACAGGACACGGCAAACUGUGACACGUGCCGGAACAGCGCCUGCAUUAUUUACAGUGUGGAGCUGGACUUCAAGCAGCAGGAGGACAAGCUGCAGCCACUUAUGAAAAGGCUUUGUCCUGCAGAGGACUCCCAUUUCACAGCCCUGCCUUACCCGCAGGAAGCCUUCACCUCCACCCCAAAACGCAAGUCUAAAGCUGAGUCCAAGAAGCACGGCCGUUGGAAAUUUUGGUUCCUGUGAAAACAAAAGGACCAUCCCCCUCCACAACCCUUGCAUAGGAGAUCUUCAUUUGUGUUCUAAUUCUUAUUCCGUCUCCUUUUCUCUUCUCAAACACAGCAUCCUGGCUAUUAGUAGACCUGGUAACCAGCUGUAACGCAGACCUCGGGAUACCGAUCCCCUACUCAGAGAUGUAUGACGGAAAGCAAGUGUAGAUUCUGUGGAAAUCUCAAAAUGUCAUGCUUACCAAAAAUGGAUUUUGAGUUAUUCUGAACUAAUUUCUUCAAACAAGGUGUGAAAUUACACCAGGAAAUGGAGAUCAGCAAGGAGAGGUUGGCAAUUCAACCACGAUACUCUAAAGGUCGACAACAACUGCAUAUCACCAUAAUGGAAAGCACAAAUAACACUGUUCAGGAUACAUUCUCUCAGAAUUAUUAACUAUUUUGAAGACUGUCUAGUAGAUGUAGAUCAUGGAUUAACUAUGAUAGAAGAAAGAACACCUGAAGC